AAAAACCUUUUGCAUAAUGGCAACUCCACUAGCAACAGGCGCGACUGAAACUUCUAAUGAAAGUGAAUUUGCCAAAGAAUGGUACACAAAAAAGAUUGAAAAUGCUAUUCUUUUUCUGGGAGGGGCAGGAAUGUCUCUUACAAUCAACGCGAUUUCAAAUCAAUUGACAGAGGAUAUCGUAGAAAGCUAUAACGGAAGAAUGUCCUUGUUUACGUAUAAGAGUAAUUGGUGUGCUCAUAUCAGUCGUGUUCUCAAGUCAAUGAAUAUCAAAUAUAACAACAGCCGCCCAAACUGGGAAAAGAUUGCAUUUCUCAUUCAUGAUAAACGAUUGGGGAUCGUUCCUCCACCUAUUGACCCAAGCAUGAAUUUUUAUAAUCGUAUUAGCGAAACUCAGCAUACACCAUCAGUUACAAAAGAAUACGCUGAUUCGUUCACAGAAACUACCAGUACAACCAGUACAACCAAUACCAGCAAAAAGCAAAUAAAGCUGUCUGAAAUUGAUAAAACUAAAAUCAAACAAAUGUUUGAGGACUUGGAGUUAGAUAAAUGCUGGAGAUUAUCUUCAGGAACUAUAGUGGAAGAGAGGAUGAAGGAGUUUGCAGUUGGAUGCAACUACGAACAUCCCGUACAUUCUUUAGUUUUAGAUACAAGCGAGAAAAUAUGGAAGAAGUACUUUACAGAAGAAGAGCUUUUUGAAAUAAAAAGCUACGGUAAUAAGCAGUUUCGCGAUUUACCUGUGCCAUUACAAACAUACCUAGAUUCACUCAAAGAAUCAAACGAUGCUGCCUCCUUAAAAAAGAAGUUGGACGAAGAACAAACAUGCCCUGCCCGUGAGUGGGUAAGAAAUACCCUUCUGGAUUAUUUCACGCUAUUCAAAUGGGGUUAUUUACCUCUUACCGAUCAGCUAAAAGGGGACAUGAUGAGACGUGUAUGGAGGUUUAUCGAUACGGUUUUUGAUGAUUCCAAGAUCACGUGUAGAGGAGCUGAAAAAUCAAGCAGAUCAUCAUCAGCUGGUAUAAAUACGAAUAGAACCUUGGCCGACAUUGAAAGGAUGGAACGAAAAUCAAUGGGUAGAAAACUGGAUUUAAUUUUUUAUCGGCAACUUUUAGAAUACGGAUGUUGUGAAUGUGGUAGAAGAGAGGAUCAAACAAAAGAGCUCCUUGAUGGUUCUAAAAUGGCAAAAGUGUUAAAAGAUAUGAUUUAUUCAUUAUAUCAGAAAUCUCCUGAUUCCCUGCGUGAAUUAACCCUUGUUGGCUUUUUACUUUUUGAGACAAAGUUUACAAUCGUAUUAUGUGACUCACCUGCCGGUUAUGUCUGUCGUAUUAACCAUAAAAGAACUCUUGAUUUACCAGAAGAAGCAGAUGAUAUUUGUAAUGCAUUGUUGCCAAUAUUAACAGCUGUUUACAAGUCCAGAGUAAUGAUGGAGGACACCAACAAGCUCGUCAAACAAAAGCCAGUGGAUAUCGACGUUGAUCCUGAUCAGUGCAAGACAAUUCUUCCUAGUUUUACUAGUGAAGGAUGUAAGAGAAAAAGAAAAAGAAGUAGUGAUUCUACUGAAGAAUAACUUGGUCACCAUGAACAAACAUUUACUCGUUUAUAUCUAACUCUCCGUCCCUCCCUCCAUA